AUGCUUCACGAGGCGCCGCUGCGAGACGCUGCGGCUGACGGCCAACAUGACGCCGCUCACGGUGGCCAUGUGAUGGUGACGUUCUUCACGACAAGUUUUCCAAAGGCCAUGCCGGAGCAGUCGUACUCUGUGCCGCUCGAUACCCUUCCUGACGGCCUCAACACGCUUGUGCAAAGUGUGCUUGCUGUGGGCGGCCAGCCGUUUGAUUUUCUCCUUAAUGAUGAGUACAUCUCGACGUCGCUGCAGAAGUUCCUGAGCCGCCGCGGCAUCAGCUACGAGGAGCUGCUGAACAUCGAGUACACACCCGCUUUGCAGGCGAAAGAGGGAGCACUCCUUCCGCACGACGAUUGGGUGAGCAGUGUGAGAGCACCAUUUGCGGGCUGUGCCGAACUGCUUCUUACGGGCUCGUAUGAUCACUGCGUACGCCUCUGGGACGGUGACAACUGCGUGGCGCUUGGCACGUACCACGACGAGUGUGUGAAGGAGGUGUGCCUCCAUCCAGUGCGCCCCGCUGCUUCCACCGGCGCGCAGGAGUUGACGCGGAAGAGGACGCGUGCAGUGGCGACGGAAGACUUUCUGUGUGCCAGCUGCAGUAAGGACGGCAGUGUGGUGGCGUGGAGGUUUGACAGCGGAGUGGCACAACUGAAACCGCUUGGCGCGGUGAAGGCGCACGCCGAUGGCGUGGAUUCCGUUGACGUGUCGCCGGGCGCCGGAGCGUAUGUCAGCACUGCCUCGUGGGACUGCACCGUGAAGGUUUUCGCGUGGUCGCAGCUCGUGGACACAGCGGCGAAGGCCCCGCUUGUCUCCUUCACGGACCACACGCGGCCCGUGCUUGCGUGCCGCUUCUCUGUGGCUGGUGGGUCGUCGCUGCUGUACUCCGCCGGGCUCGACGGCGCGGUGAAGGGGCUCAACGUUGACCAGGCUGUCAUGCAGUCGCAGUACGCGGGCGACCACCCCGUCCAGGGCCUUGCGGUGAAGCACGCUGGUGGCGGCGGUGACCUUAUCCUUGCCGCGUGCACCGACAACCGCGCGCGGCUGUACGACACACGCGAGAGGAACGUUGUGAAGACGUUCAGUGGCCACCGGCAGUGGCUGUACGCAGCAACGUGGAUGUGGCGGUGGGAGGAGGGUGAGCGGGGCGCAGCACACCUCUUUGCCACCGCCAGCGAGGACAGCACUGUGCGUGUUUGGGACCUCCGCUCCGCGAGCGCGGCGCUGCUGACGCUGGACACCAUGCACACCGACGGGGUGCUCGACGUUACAUACGUGGGGGAGUCACAGAUUGCAUCGUGUGGGAAGGAUAACAAGACGAAAUCGAGUUCUCUGUCAAAGGGUGCAUUGCUGUGA